UUUAAUUUAGCUACAUUUUGUUAAUGCAAUAGAAUGUACACUUUGUGUGGAGAAACAGAUAAGAUCACUAUCAAUCUACAAUUAUUCACAAGAAUCAUCCAUGAGUAGGAAAAGUUUCUGUGUUCUAACAUGAUUCCCACCCAAACAGCUGAAAAGAGAAAGGAAAGAAGAGGCAAUGGCAGGCUACGGAAGGGAAAUGCAUCUGCAACAGCACAAGUAAAACCCGGCAGCCAAAACUAGAAACGCCCCCAGCCGGCCAGCCCACACACAAGGGGCCCUGCUCCCACGCGGUCUUCUAUUUUUCGCAGGUUUUCUACAGCUCGCACUUGACUCAGGUCGCAAUUCGCAUACCUGCACUGCAGCAUCUCAAUCAUGCCGCAAUUUAAAGAGGAAUCAUUCCAUUCCCUUCCCUGAGCUGAGAGACAAGUAGAGAAAUCCUGCUUCUCCUUUUGCCUAGAAAGCCAAGCCACUCAGUCCCCCGACUCCGAGACCCGCUGUCCACAGUCCACUGCGUUGGAGUCGAUUGGGGAUGGGGGCAUGGAGGUUGCCAUGUGGCUGGAGACUGCUGUUCUCUAUGUGCUUCAUUGGCUUGCUUGCUGAGGUCGUCCAUGGCGCGGGGGCUGACGCCCUCCAUCCUAGGCUCUUCCCUGCUGAAGCACGCACUCUUCGCCGGAUUGCCGCGAAAAUCGGGGUGGCGCAUUGGAACUUCUCGGUCAAUCCCUGUGACUCCGAAAGCAUGAAGUGUGACUGCUCCUUCUACAACAAUACCACAUGCCAUGUCACUGGCAUAUUCCUCAAGGAGAUGAACUUCACCAGCCAGCUCCCGCCAGACUUCGCCGACCUCCCGUGUCUCCUCCAGCUAGACCUAAGCAGGAGCUUGUUCCAUGGAGCAGUGCCUGACAAGUGGGCCCAGAUGAGGUUGCAAGGACUGUCACUAAUGGGAAACAGAUUGUCAGGGACUUUUCCCAUGGUUCUUACAAGGAUCACAACCUUGACUAACCUGAGCAUUGAAGGAAAUGAGUUUCAUGGGCUAAUCCCACAUGAAAUCGGACAUCUGACUCAAAUGGAGAAGUUGAUAAUAUCAGCCAACGAGUUCACUGGACCCCUGCCAGCUGCUCUGUCCUUGUUGACCAAUUUAACCGACUUGAGGAUUUCUGGUAACAAUUUAUCUGGAAAAGUUCGUGAUUUCUUGGGUAAACUGAGAAAGCUUGAAAAACUGCAAAUCGAAGGAUCUCUAUUGGAAGGGCCUAUUCCCUCGGACUUCUCCAAACUGACAAACCUCUCUGAUCUGAGGAUUAGUGAUCUGAGAGGUAGUGGAUCAGCUUUCCCAGAUUUAAGUGCAAUGCAAUCAAUGAAAACAUUGGUACUCAGGAAUUGUUCAAUCAGUGGGAGCAUCCCAUCUUACUUCGGGGACAUGAAAAAUCUUAAGCAUCUGGAUCUGAGCUUUAAUAAACUGACUGGUAAAAUACCAGACUCAUUUGCUAAAAUGGGAAGCGUGGAUUACAUAUAUCUAACUGGAAAUUCACUCACCGGGAACAUACCUGAAUGGUUACUGCGAAGGAACAACAUUGCGGACAUAUCUUUUAAUAACUUUACCAUGGGGAGCUCAGGUCCUACUCAAUGCCUUCAAGGGGGCAUCAAUCUGGUGGAGAGCUAUUCACCUGAAAUGAUCAGUUUAAACAAUAUCAACCCAUGCUUGAAGAAGAAUUUCCCAUGCGCUGCUUCGAAUGGACAGUACAGAUCCUCCUUGCAUAUUAAUUGUGGUGACAAAGAAGCAAUCGUCAAUGGAGUAAAGUAUGAAACUGACACGGUACCAAAAGGUGCUUCCGUGUUGUAUGUAAACCCAGGCUCAAACUGGGCAUUCAGUAGCACGGGGAACUUCAUGGACAACAACAUCAAUGAUGACAGCUACAUUGCAACAAGCACAUCAAAAUUGACCAUACCCAGCUCACAGUUGUAUGCAAGAGCGCGCCUUUCUCCUCUUUCGCUCACAUACUAUGGGCUUUGCAUGCAUAAUGGGAGCUACACAGUUAAGCUCCAUUUUGCCGAAAUUGUAUUCACAAAUGACAGUACAUACUGCAGCCUUGGCAAAAGAAAAUUCAAUGUGUUCAUACAGGGGAAAAUGGUGCUAGAGGAUUUUGACAUUGAGCAAUCUGCUGCUGGGUCUGGAAAGCCAAUUAUGAAGACAUUCACAACAUACGUCACAAAUCAUACACUAGAGAUUCACUUCUAUUGGGCAGGAAGAGGGACAACAGGCAUUCCAUACAGAGGAUUUUACGGACCUCUCAUAUCUGCAAUAUCAGUAGUACCAAACUUUCAAAUUCCUCUGGCUGCCAAGCUUCCCCAAACUGGCAGUAGGAUAUCAUCUAAAGCUUUGCUGAUUGGAACCCCAAUUCUCGCAAUAUGCAUUGCUUUUGUUGUUGGCCUUUAUUGGAUUAAGCAGCGACGCAAAAGCUCGAUGCAUCAAGAUCUCGGAGCACUUGACCUCCAGAUUGGCUCCUUUACCUUGAGGCAAAUCAAAGCAGCAACUAGGAACUUUGAUCCAGCCAAUAAGAUUGGUGAAGGUGGUUUUGGUUCAGUUUACAAGGGUUUGUUGUCUGAUGGCACAAUUAUUGCUGUCAAACAGCUAUCAUCCAAGUCCAAGCAAGGGAAUCGUGAAUUUGUGAAUGAGAUAGGCAUGAUAUCUGCACUACAGCAUCCAAACCUUGUCAGGCUUUAUGGCUGUUGUACAGAAGGAAACCAGCUCUUGCUAGUUUAUGAGUACAUGGAACAUAAUUGCCUUGCACGUGCUCUUUUUGUUGAACAAUAUAGACUGAGAUUGGAUUGGCCAACAAGACAUAAGAUUUGCCUGGGCAUAGCAAGGGGUAUAGCAUAUUUACAUGAGGAGUCUGCAAUAAGAAUUGUGCACCGAGAUAUCAAGGCUAGCAACAUACUGCUUGAUAAAGAUUUGGAUGCCAAGAUCUCAGACUUCGGUCUAGCAAAGCUUAAUGAAGAUGGUCACACCCACAUAAGCACAAAAGUAGCUGGAACUAUUGGAUACAUGGCUCCUGAGUAUGCAAUGCGUGGUUAUUUGACAGAUAAAGCUGAUGUUUACAGUUUUGGAGUUGUUGCCUUGGAACUUGUCAGUGGAAAAAGUAACACAAACUACAGGCCAAAGGAAGAUUUUGUUUAUCUUCUUGAUUGGGCUUGUGUCUUACAUGAGAGGGGAACUCUCUUGGAGCUGGUAGAUCCAGACCUAGGAUCCAAUUACCCAACAGAAGACGCACUCCUGAUGCUGAAUGUCGCCCUCUUAUGCACCAACGCAGCACCAACACUCAGACCAAAGAUGUCCAACAUCGUGAGCCUGCUCGAGGGUCAUACCCCCCUGCAACCCUUGUUGUCAGACCUCAGCCUUGCUGCAAACAGCCUGAGCUCAAGUGGUCUACGCAGAAACUUCUGGCAAAACCCAAAUGAGAGCCAGAGCAUGACGAUACAAGCAUCACGUAACAACAUUAGCGACUCAUCAUCUUUAGAUGUUGGUGGUAGCCUGAGACCUUUGGUGAGUUAAAUGCUAGAUGUAUUCCAGGUCCACACACCUGUAAGAACAACUAGGCUAGCCUGGUAUAUCUGUGGUAGCAGUAUAAUGUAAAUACCACAACAUACUAAUGCCUAAUCCUGCUAAGGAUGUGAGUACUCUUUCUGUUCUUCAGAACUACAGAACUGAUAAGAUUAUCUCAGAACUCUGAGGUCCUGACCUGACAUGAGACUA